UCUAUCUAGUAAGCAGUUUUAGAUAAACGAUAACGUGUAGAAAAUGCACGGAUAUUUAUUUCUUUAUAUUUCAGUUUGGGAUUUCAGUGACUAACGUGACCAAUUAGAAGCUAGAAUUCAAGUAAUACUUGCAUCCCCACCAAAUGUAAGGGCUUCAGCACUUAACAAACUAGUCAGUAUACAAUAAGACUCGAAGAGUAGUAUGUCAGGUAUUUUUUGUAACACGUCUGAAAAUAUAGUUCAACGUGAUAAAAUAUACCAUAACGUGGACAUCAGGAUAAGAAAAACAUGCCUCAAUUGCAAGUUCAGUAAUUCAAAACAGACAUGCUUUGGUUACAACUUAAAUAAUCCGAAUAAAAGGAUCGUAGUGUGGUUGAAAUACACUUUAUCAUGGAUUCAAAGAAAAGUUCCACUGCAAGUGUUAUAUUGUAGAAGAUACAGAUAUGUUUCAUGCAAGUUAUGUUUAUAUUGGAAAAUAUGGAUGAGAUAUGUAUCCUGGGUCCUGAAAUUGGAAGAAAGAAAAAACGAUUGAUAAGGAAACUUCGAUAAGAAUUUCAG